AUGCAUUUUUAUAAGAGUCAAAUACUGGGUUCUUUACUUGCCUUGGCACCCCAAGCAAGCCAUGCUUACCCAAGUAUUAGCCCAGAGUGUUCUCUCGAUAACCUAUCCCACCAGCUAUCCUCGAUCGCCAGUUCAUUAUCUAACAAUGCGACAAUACUAUCGGUUACUCAUGUUCAACUGAAUGGUAGCUACGGCGAUCUCAAUUCACCUCAGGGUCUCCCACCUCUGGUCUCAACAGGCCUUCCGGAUCUCUGUGCCGUCGAGGUUAACGUAACUUCGUCCGAAUCAUCGUCCUACACAAUCUCUAUUUUCCUACCUUCUAAGUGGAAUUCAAGAUUCCUCGCGACUGGUGGGGGUGGUACAGGCGGAUACGUCAACUACCUUGACAUGGGCGUUGGAUCGCAAUAUGGAUUUGCUACGAUGUCUACGGAUAACGGUCAUAGGGGCUCCCCUUAUGAUGUUGAAUGGGCCUACAAGAACCCCCAAAAGUUGAUCGAUUGGGGCUGGCGUGCUAUGCAUAGAUCCGUUGAGCUUUCCAAACAAUUGAUUAAAGGUUACUACGGCAAAAAGAUUCAGUACUCCUAUUACAUUGGCUGUUCUACCGGUGGCCGGCAGGGUCUCAAGGAAGCCCAGGUCGGUGCCGAUAGCUUUGAUGGCAUGCUCAUCGGUGCGCCAGCUUGGUGGAUAAGCCAUCAAGUGGCCUGGAAUACUAAGAUCAGCAAGGAUUACUACCCCGUGGACGACCCGAAGAGCAUCCCCAAUGAGUUAUUCUCAACCCUAAUAGCCCAAACUGUAGCUGAUCAAUGCGACGCAAUCGACGGUGUCAGGGAUGGCAUUAUCAGUGACCCCGAAAACUGCCAUCCUGACUUCGAAGCGUUGUCCUGCAAUAGCACCGGUGCCAAUUCAUCUGCGUGCCUCACGUCCUUGCAGCUGGAGACUUUAGCAAAGGUCUAUGAGGACUAUUACAUCGGGUCAGAGUUUGUGCACCCUGGCCUUGAGCUUUCUUCUGAACCAGGGUGGCCGCAAUACCUAUUUGCCGACGCGCCAACUUCCUGGGGAAUCGACUACAUUAGAUACAUUAACCUGGAAUCAUCGCACGAAAUUGAUGCGGAUCAGUUCGAUAUGUCUCCUUACCGAGACCACGGUGGAAAAAUACUGAUGUACCACGGCUUAUCUGACCCCUUAAUCGUUACGCGCGGUUCGUCGUACUUCUAUGAGCAGGUUGAACUAGCGACUGGAGAGACUUACCCAAUCACCGACUGGUUCCGUCUUUUCUUCGUUCCAGGCAUGCUGCAUUGUUCGGGUAGUCCGCCCGGGGUUGAUGCACCGUGGCAUAUCAAUGGCGCCGGUCAAAACUGGCAGACUGGUUCGGGUGCAUACUCUGUACCCGGAUUCCAAGACUCCAAGCACGAUGCGUUGCUUGCGCUUAUGGAAUGGGUUGAGGAUGGAAAAGCGGUGGAGCAGAUUAUUGCAACGUUGUGGCAUAAUUCGACUGACCCAAGUUCUGGAGUAUGGAAGCAGCGUCCUCUUUGUCCCCACCCGAAGACUGCCAAGUAUAAUGGCGUGGGCGACGUCAACGAGGCCCAAAACUGGAACUGUGCCUAA